GGUGAUGACGAGUGGAUGGGCGGAGUCGGGUGAUCGGGCGCUGAUGGUGCGGCAGGUGUUACUGAUGACUCCGGGACAGUUAUUGCCUGAUAUUAUGUGUAUAAAUAUUACCCAUCUUCAUAUGAUGUGACAAUGUUUUAGUGUUUCACAGGUUCUUGCUCGUCACAAAAUCUUUCAUUGAGACUCUGAGAGGAACAAUUUGAAAGUUCAUCAUGGCAAUGCUGAAAAGCUGUCUGCUUCUUUUCAUCAUCUUCUCCAUGGGGAAUAGUACAGAAGAAGAUGAUCACACAAAUGCCGGAAGAUGCCCUGCUGAAUGGAGGACAUUUGGACUCGGAUGCUACAAGUACUUUUCUGAUGCGAGUAACUGGAUCACAGCGGAGAAAAACUGUCAAAGUCUUGGAGCGAAUCUCGCAUCUGUGCGUAAUGAACUGGAAAAUGAUUUCCUGCUGAGUCUGUUGCCUUCUCCUUCCACACGUACUUGGAUUGGUGCUCAUGAUGCUGUUCAAGAUGGACGGUGGUUGUGGAGUGAUGGAUCUGCGUUUUCGUACACCAACUGGUGCUCUGGAGAACCCAACAAUUACCAGCAGCAUCCCGAGGACUGUUUGGAGAUCAACUUUACCUCUGACUGUUGCUGGAACGAUGAGUCCUGUUCAACCUCAUUAUCCUAUAUUUGUGUGUUAGACGUGUGUGACUGUGUGACUCUACAGGGACGUAUGUGAACUACAUUUAUACUAUUUUCAAAUGUUAAAUCAAAUCUCCUCUAAACUUUAAUCAAUUGUCAAUGUCAUCUCUGAACCGCUCCUCUAAUAAAAGCAUUGAAAAUCCAAA